AUGCAGCAGACGCCAAGAAGCUUCGAGGCUUUUGUUGCUAUGUGUACCAUCGUAGCUACAUGUGCUCGAGAAGGAAGCGCAUGGACGCCUGCAAAUCAGCGACAGCAACUCUGCGCCCUUGGGGUAGAAGACAACGAGUUACAGUCAAAGCUUAUUGCAGUGCUGGGUGUGAUAAUUCCGCGCGUGAGUCGUGUGCUGGAAGCCACGAAUUUUGACUUCGCUCAAGUAGUGGAAGUGUCUUGGAGACUGGAUUACGUGCUGCGUUCAAGUAAUGCCGGAAGUGUGCACGAGCCUUUGUACUUUGUGCAGAUACAACUGCAGUCACCUGAUGCUGUGGACUCGGGACUCCAGAAGAUGGUGUUUGCUUGUUCGGUGGAAGAACUACAAGUGCUCGUGUAUCGAAUUCAAGAGGCUGCUAACGAGGUGGAGAAGCUGGUGGUAGGAGUGCCCUCGCAGCUCCGAAGUAGCGAUUGA